AUGGGUGGUGUGAGUUAUUGUGAGCUCGUCGGUCCUAUUUGUCCGUCCCUCUCAAACUUCCACUCCCUAACUGUGAUCAACCUCGAAGGCAACUUUGAUACAUCUGCCGCUCCUUUUCCAGAGUUGUUUAUGGAUUUUCUCAAUUUAAGUGUGCUUCGACUUGCUAAGACAAAUUUCCAAGGGCGGUUUCCUAGUGGAAUCUUCCAAUCAAAAACUUUAAGGGUCCUUGAUUUAUCUAUGAAUCAGGAUCUCUCAGGCUGUGUGCCAAAGUUUUGCAACGGGAGUUCAUUAGAGUCUCUUAUGCUAGAUGGGGCCAAUUUCUCCUAUGAAAACCCAGGCUCUUUCAGCAAUAUCAAGUAUUUGAAGACGUUAAGUCUUGAUGUGAAUUUCAUUCCUGUGGACAAUCAGUCUUCACUCGGUGUUCUCAGGUCUCUACAGCAUUUGGAACUCUCUCAGAUGAACUCAAUAAGAGAUAUAGGUCAUGUUUUCUCAUGGAUCGGAGACCUGCAGAACUUGGCAAGCUUAGAACUCUCUGGAAAUGUAUGGAUGUUCUCUCAGACAUCCCUGUCUUCAUUUGCCAAACUCAAGAGCUUGAGAAGCCUGAAACUCAUGAACUGCAACUUCACUAGGCCAAUGCUACCAACAUUUGGUAAUCUCGUAAGCUUAACAAGCUUGGAGAUCUCCGGUUGCAACUUUAAUGGUCCAAUACCAUCUGCAAUCGGCAACCUGACAAACUUGAAAAGCUUCAAUAUCGAUGGAUGCAAUUUCUUAGGGCCAAUACCAUCUUCAAUUGGUAAUCUCGUGAACCUGAUAAGCUUGGGAAUAAAUGGUGUUUACAAUGAUAUUGGACCAAUACCAUAUGAAGUAGGAAAUCUUAGUAACUUGGAGAGUUUGGAAAUAAAUGUAGCUGAGUUUUCUGGACCAAUACCCUAUGCAGUUGGGCUACUCAAGAAGUUGACAUCAUUACGCAUUCGAAUGUCUGGCUUUUCUGGAAGCAUACCAAAUUCAAUAUCUAAUUUGACUCGCCUAAUUGUGUUAGAUCUUUCGUUUAAUGAUCUCAAUGGGGAACUUCCAGCAUCUGUUUUCACUAUUCCAACAUUGCAACGCUUAUACAUUCAAUCAAACCAAAUAUCUGGCUCUAUACAAGACAUCAAUGCGACGUCUUCACACUUGGUAUCAGUGGAUCUUAGAAGAAAUAACUUGAUGGGAAAUAUUCCCGUGUCAUUCUUUCAACUCACAAGUCUGGCUUAUCUCGAUAUUGGCUGGAAUAACCUAAUGGGUUCAGUGGAUCUUUCCUUGUUUUGGAGGUUAGAAAAUCUCGUUCAUUUGGGUCUUUCCAACAACAAUCUAUCAGUCAUGGACAUGGAUGGAGAAGGUAACAACCCUCCAUGUACCUAUCUCCCUCGGGUUACCAGGUUGGAGCUAGCAUGUUGCAAUCUAACAAGAUUCCCAUGUUUAUUGGCACACCUUAAUCAGUUGUCUUACUUGGACUUGUCAUGCAAUAGAAUCAGUGGGGCCAUUCCAAAGUGGAUAUGGCCAACAUGGGACAGUAGCCUUACAUAUUUGAAUCUUUCACAUAACAUGUUCAGCAUUAUGCAACUUACUUCAUAUGUUCUCCCUUUCAACCGGUUGAAUGCUCUUGAUCUCAGUUCCAAUCAACUUCAGGGGCAGAUUCCUAUGCCAAGCCCACCAGCAGCCAUCUUGGAUUAUUCAAACAACAAUUUCUCUUCAGUACUUCCAAACUUCACUCUCUAUCUUGGUCUGGAAUUCAAAAUUUUGAAAAAUAAUAUCAGUAUCCUUGACCUAUCUUUCAACAACUUCAGCGGGAGGAUAGCAGCAUGUUUAAUAGAAGAUGGUUUCAUAAGCGCGUUAAGUUUGCGGGAUAAUCAAUUUGAAGAUGUGUUGCCUAACAAUAUCAAAGAUCAAUGUCUACUUCAGACAUUAGACUUGAACAAUAAUAAAAUUGAAGGUCAGCUUCCAAGGACACUUAAGUGCUUGCAGCUGGAGUUCCUUGACAUAGGCAAUAAUCGCAUGGUAGGUACUUUUCCAUCAUGGCUGGGGAAGCUUCCCAUACUUCGAGUCCUUGUAUUGAGAUCCAACCAAUUCUAUGGGCCGGUGGGUGGCGAUCCUCCCAUAGAUGACAGAUCAGGAGAAUACUUCUCUAGCUUGCAGAUUCUUGAUAUUGCCUUGAACAAUUUCUCCGGUAAUUUAAGUCCAGAAUGGUUUAAGAGGUUUUACUCAAUGAUGGGAGAUUUAACCACUUCAGGUGAAAUUAUGAGUGACCAUAGCAGUACCGUUUAUGAACCAUAUCAUCAAGAGCCCUAUAUAGAUAUUGUGGUGAUAACAUAUAAAGGCAUUUAUAUGACAUUUCAUAAGAUCUUGACCACUUUAACAUCAAUUGACCUGUCAAACAAUUCAUUUGAUGGUACAAUUCCUGUAUCACUUGGGAGACUUAAUUUACUACUUCUACUAAACAUGUCAGGCAAUGCCUUCACCGGUGUUAUUCCGCGAGAAUUUGGUGGGAUGACUCAAUUAGAAUCACUAGACCUGUCUAAGAACCAUCUUUUUGGUGAUAUUCCGGAGGGGCUAACAAAUCUCACCUUUCUUGGUAUGUUGAACUUGUGCGACAAUCAACUGGUGGGAACGAUACCACGGUCAGGUCAAUUUGCAACGUUCGAAACUAGUUCAUUCGAAGGGAAUCUGGGGCUGUGUGGACUGCCAUUGUCUAACCCAUGCGACAUUCCACCUGCUCCUGCAAGUGCGGUGCAUGGGGAGAAGUCCUCUCAUGUGGACGUCAUCUUGUUUCUCUUCACCGGGCUGGGCUUUGGUAUUGGAUUUGCUGCUGCCAUCCUCAUGAGAUGGGGUCGGAUCGGCGAAUGGAUUGUGAAAUCUGCAAGAGCUUUGAGGACUUGA